UGAAACCAAAUACAAAUAAGAGACACAUCUGAUACACAUUCCCUCUCAAUAAACUCUCUAUCCUAUCAGCAAUUUGUCCGAAACCAACAAUACUUGAUGAAUUUCUCUUACGAAAAUCUGCCACUUCUAGUCACAAGCCCAGAUCUCCUUUCCCAUCUGCAAGAUUUAAAGCUUGAUGGAGGUGAAAAAAUUGUUAACUUUCAAUGGCUCGGGCCACACUUUUUAACUUUUCUCAAACAUGCAAAAAAACUGCACCAUAAUCGCAUACCACUCGAGGAGAAUUACUUCAGCCGGAGAUUUAUUGAUCUGUUGAAGUGUCUUGAUGAUGCAGCGUCCAACUGCAUCUUUUACGGAGAGACUGAACAUUACAAAACCUUUUUAGAAAUCAUUCUCACUUUCAUGCUAUACAUUAAGGAGCUUUUCACUCUUCAAAACCUGCUGGAAUUGUUUGGUAGAUCAGAACACCAUUAUAGACUUCAGGCAAGCUUUAUCAACUUUCUUUUCGAUACUAUUGGAGAAUUGCUAAAUUGUGAAACAUAUUCCAGUGUUCUUGUGAGUAAUCAAGUCAAAGUUCUUUGGAAGGAUCUGACAUUUCUGCUCACUUUUUUUGUUGAUACAAUGCAAUGCAUCAAUCUAGAACGGAAAAAGAUUAUGAUUCCAGAAUUUGGAUAUAUAACCAAGGAGGAACAGAUCGAGCAGAUGUUUAAAGGGAAUAUAUUCACAGAAAUUGAACAUGUAUACGACACAGUAGGGGUUUUCUUGCAUAAGUUUUUUUUCACCACAGACCAUGUUACCACUACCAAAAUGGAUGAGCCAAUUUAUCUUCUGUUAAAAAGGAUUGCGUCUGUGCAAAAGGAGAUAAAAAAUCACUGCAUUGAAGUCUCUAUGAAUCUGAAUUGUGGAAUUGGAAGCCUACAAAUUGCAGAAAGUCAAAGUGAAGUAUCAUCAUCCCAACAUAAAAACAUUCCUUUGACAGCACAAAUUGCAAGAAAGCUUCUUGGAGAACCAAUCUCCAGCAAGAUUAUUUCCAUCGUUGGAAUGGGUGGUCUUGGCAAGACACAAAGAAAGUGUACAAUGAUUCCAAUGUUCAGAACUAUUUUGAUAUGCUUUCUUGGUGUAUUGUUUCUCAAACUUACAAAAAGAGGAAGCUGUUGAUUGACAUUUUGAGCUCUGGAAGUAACCUAACAGAGACGAAAUUUCAGAAAUGGAAGUGGAAGAAUUGGCUGAAUGUCUUUACAAAAAUUUAAAGGGGAGAAGAUACCUCAUUAUUAUAGACGAUCUGUGGGAUAAAAAAGCUUAGGAUGAUUUGAAAAGGUUAUUUCACGAGGACAAAAAUGGAAGCUGAGUAUUGUUCACCAGUCGGCAGAAAAAUGUGGCAUUGGAAAUUUCACAUUUUAUUGUUGAACCUCCUUCCAUGUCACCGGGUGAAAGUUGGAAUUUAUCAGAGCAGAAUGCAUUCAAGAAUGAUCGUUGCCCUCAAGAACUGCAAGAUAUUGGAAAGCAAAUUGCAACAAAUUGUCAUGGACUCCCGCUUUCGGUUGUCACGAUUGCUGGAGUUCUUUCAAAUAUGGAGAAGAAAGAAAGCUUAUGGUAAAAAGUUGCAAAACGUUUAAGUUCUUACAUUUCUCGAAAAGCCGACAACUAUCUUCCCACAUUGAAACUUAGUUACAUACAUUUACCAGAUCACUUGAAACCAUGUUUCCUCUAUCUCAGUGCGUUCCAGGAAGACGACGAAAUUUCAGUUAAGAAGCUAUUAUUACUAUGGAUA